GGAGCCAUGGUAAAGUAAGGCGCACAUCAGGUUUUCGUUGCCAGUGAUAAAAUAAAGUUCCACGGCAGCGAAACAAAAUUUUAGCGUCGAGAGAAAGAAAGAAACAAAAAAUUGUUUUGCAAUUCUAUUUGGCGUUUCCCCAGGUGAAAGAAAAAAACAACUACCAUGGCAAAAAGUCAAAUUAUUUCAACUGUUUAAGCAAACUAUACAUUGCUCAACUAUCAAAGGUGAAUUCCUUCAAACCGAUAAGUGACGUUUGAUCAGCGAUGCGUGUGCUGGGCAAAUGGUGUUGAAACGAGGGGGAGCGCAGGUCGAUAGAUAACGCAAAUCACUUUGGACGUUUGAACAUAAUAACAAGCUGACUCGGCAUCACAAUCAUGCAUCCGAAAAGCUGCUGAUCUUUUUACCUGUCCAACCAUAAACACUGACAUUCGAUCCGAAUUUUGAAAUCCCCCCAAUGGCUGAUAAGACUCUAUAUAGCUCUCUCUUGUGUCGAUGGGUUUGCCUCCUUUUUAUAGACAAGUAACUGAUACGCCUGAUUUCAAUCAGCUCUGUGCGUUAUGUGUUUGUAGUUGGGGGUUUUUUUUUUAGCCUAUACUAUUUGAUAUAUCGCAUCUCUCACCGCCAGAAUUUAAGUAGCCGCCCAAGGUUCGUAGCGAACAGACGGUUUCCCCGUCUGCUACUCUCCACAAAAGGGUCAACCAUUUCCUGAAUAUUGGGAAUAGUUUUUUAAUGAAAAAUGGAGCAGGGAAUCGAUAACGCCGGAGUGGAUAUCGAGUUGGAAGGUGGUCUGGAAAAAAAGAGAUCGAUCCGUAUUGAAGACCUGUCAACGCUAGCCGUCAAGGACUUUGAUUUAUCAUCAAAAAGUGACACCCAGUCGAAUGACAGUGAUGACGAGCCACCUGACCAAUCCUGUGAAUUUAUCGGAAAUGCUUUGGAGAAAUUCUGGACUAAGUUGGGCGAUUUCUUUUCGCAAAGAUCAGCUGCUGCUCGUAGUAUCAUCUACAUCAUCUUCGCUAUUCUUUACAAUGUUUACUUCGUAGCCAGUGUCCAUUAUUCCAUCCGCAAUGGCAUUCCAAUGGAUUGGUGUGAUGGAGUCGGUUUCCUGAUCGUCCUGACGGGCAUCAUUUAUUUGGGCUUGUUUUAUUUCCAAAUUGUUAAGAAGUUUUGGGGCAAAUCAAUUAAUCGAGCUGUUAUGAAGCCGGCCGGAAAGGCCUUUGACCGAGCCUGGAAAUACAGUUGGGUUCGAUACGGUUUUUACCUCGUCCUAUUGGCUGGAUUGUUAACCUUCCUAAUCAUCGACACGGCGGAUGAACGAGUUCGAUUGCAAUCCUUUGGGGGUCUUCUCGUCUUUUUGCUGCUCAGUUGGAUCUUCUCCAAAUAUCCAUCCAGGGUGAUAUGGAGACACGUCAUGUGGGGCAUAGCGUUGCAACUGAUGUUUGGUCUAAUCGUUUUACGAUGGGACUUUGGGCGCAGAGUUUUCGAAUGUCUGGGACAGAAAGUCACAACUUUUCUCGAUUACACCAACGCAGGUUCAAGUUUCGUCUACGGCUAUUUAGUUACUGACCAGAACACGUCCGGCAUCGCCUUGGGAACCAUUUUUGCUUUCAAAAUUUUGUCGGUCAUCUUCUUUUUCAGCUUCUUCGUCAACAUCCUGUACUACUACGGCAUCAUGCAAUGGGUCGUCCAAAAACUCGGAUGGCUUUUGCAAGUGUCCGUCGGUACGACAGCCGCCGAAUCGAUGAACGCGGCCGCCAACAUCUUUUUGGGCCAGACCGAAGCGCCGCUACUCAUCAGGCCAUUCCUUCCUAAAAUGACGAAAUCGGAGAUUCACGCCGUGAUGGUUGGCGGAUUUGCCACAAUAGCAGGAUCCGUUUUGGCGGCCUACAUCAGUUUCGGUAUCAGCGCCUCGCAGUUGCUCAGCGCAUCCGUUAUGGCCGCUCCGGCUGCUCUCGCCCUUGCCAAAUUGUUUUACCCAGAAACGGAAAAAUCUCAAACAAAAGCGGGAGACAUUAAAGUGCCUAAAGGGUCGGAAGCCAAUGCGUUGGAUGCAGCAGCACAAGGAGCAGCUAACGCGGUGUUUUUAGUGGCUAACAUUAUCGCAAAUUUAAUUGCAUUUUUAGCGUUUAUCGCGUUUCUUAACGGAGUCAUCUCGUGGUACGGAAAUCUUCUUGGAGCGCCAUACGUUACAUUUGAAUGGAUUAUGGGCAAAGUAUUCAUCCCGGUUGCCUUUCUGAUGGGAGUUGCUCCGUCUGAAUGUUAUCUCGUUGCCAAUUUGGUUGCGCUCAAAACGAUCGUCAAUGAAUUCGCCGCCUACAGUAAACUAUCCGAAUACAUUGCUCAGGGAAUUAUAUCGAAACGAUCCGAAACAAUCGCUACCUUUGCUUUGUGCGGAUUUGCCAACCCAGGAUCAAUCGGUACUCAAAUUGCUGCGCUUGCUACUAUGGCUCCCGAUAGACAAUCAGACCUGGCACAAGUUGCGUUCCGAGCCUUUAUUGCCGGCAGUACAGCCUCCUUCAUGAACGCUUGCGUUGCUGGUACUUUGAUAUCAACGGUCUCGAACGUGCCAUUAUCGACGACCUACGCUCCCUCAACGCUCACCUUUACGCCAAAUAUUACCGCCAUAAUGGGUUUCACUUCUUAGUCACCUGUCCUUGUACAAUAUGAGAUUCGUGUUCGAACAAAAAAAAAACAAAGAGAAAUAAACGGAUUUUUAUUGUAUGAAA